AGGAGGGGCCCAGGCGGUGGACACGUCCUCGACUGACUGACUACGUACAGAGCCAUGAGUACCGUAGUGACAGGAGGGAAGGGAGGGGCAGCACGAGCAGAGCCUUGAUCUGCACGCUAAUUCUACAAAAUAUUGAAAAGGGUGUCACAAUUCAGUAAUAUGGCGGAAAGCAUGGGGCGGAUCGCACUAAAUUGACUUGCGUUUCCUCCGUUCCAGUCGUCUUGCGCCUGAAGGCAGAAUCCAAUCGAGCAUACUGGUGUGGACAGAGACUGAGAGAAUUUGGGUCGGGGAAAUUAGACAAUCGAUAGAGAGAGUGAGAGUGAGGGUCGUCGAGGUUCGUGCAUUGGGCCGAUUUGUCAACGAGGCCGAAGUGCAGAGCUGUUUUGUGCCAAAGUCCCGUCCUCCGGAGCAAUUCACAGAGGAGGAUUUGAUCCUUCGGAUGGCCACGACGACUGUCGAAGAGGCGAGCACGGAUGGAGGAGCCAAGGGAGCUCCGGUCUGGGAGAAGGGUGCAGGCCCUGCUGGAGGAGGAGAACCGGGACAUACGAGAACCGUCUGCUUUUCUUCGGGGAACCCUAGGAUGGAAUCCACUCGAGGAGUUAUGCACUGUAACACCACUCCAGAUUCUGGAAGCGCAGAUCAAUUGCCGAUAGCAACCGAGAACCAUCAUCGUUUGACUACACAACUGGAGAGGCAAAAACAGUAUUACGAAGGAUUGUUAGAAGACGCAGAAACAAGAACAGAUUCUUCCAUUUCGUUGGCCGUGGAGAAGGCCACGAGCCCAGAACUUCAACGAAUGCAGCAAGAUAUGAAGAAGGUUCAGGAAGAAAACAAGUCUUUGCAGCAGGUGAAUCAGAUUCAUCUCGAUAAUCAAAAAAGGCGGCAGCAGAAGUCCAAGGAACGGAAAGAAAGGGGAACAUCUAAGAUCAAAAAACGCGAUGAGCAAAUUACUAAUCUAGAGAAGCAGGUUCAGGAUUUAAUGGACGACAUUGAGGCUCCAAAAAUGCGGGAGUCGAGUGCUAACCCUGCAGAGUUAGGAGAAGGCACCAUAAUGCCCCACAGCGUUUCAAUUGAUAUAAGGAACCAUCCAGCCUCAAACAACAUCCAACCUCAAACAACACCCGAGGUACUGAUUUCACAGGCUAUUUCAGAGAUUGAGAAGAAAGGGCAAAGAUCUCUGCUCCAAAAGAGGCCAAAAGAUGUGAAAGAUUCAGAGAUUGAGAAGAAAGAGCGAAGAUCUCUGCUUCAAAAGAGUCCAAAAGAUGUGAAAGAUUCAGAGAUUGAGAAGAAAGAGCGAACACGGCCAACAGUAAGGAGCAUUGCGCAGAUAAAUGUUGAAAUUAAACUAAAGGUUGAAAAGAUAAUCUCUAUAGCACAAGAAAUACAGUCAGGUCAGAAUGACUUCAUGUCUAAAGUGGACGAGAUGAAUGAGAUGAUUGAGAUUCAGGGAUUGAGAUUCAGAGAUCUCUGCUUCAAAAGAGUCCAAAAGAUGUGAAAGAGUCAGAGAUUGAGAAGAAAGAGCGAACACGGCCAACAGUUCUGAGCAUUGCGCAGAUAUGUUAUUUUCUAUAUGUUUGUUGUAGAUUUGUGAAAAACUAGGCUUUUUAUAAAAUUUGAUAGAAAUUC